GUAAAAUGGCGGAAGCAAGUGCACACUGGGAUAUGUCACCUUGACCUCAGUUCAUUUUUGCAAUUAAACUCUCCUACAAACAAAACGAAACAUAUGAUUAACAUGUAUUCUAUAUAAUGGAUGUGGUAUUUGUCCAUACUACUAGUAUAAAGUAAAUAUAAAUGAGAAUAACGUUGGAUUUCGGAUAUUUCUAAGGUCACCAAAAGAUGGCAUUGGUUCACAAAGAAAAGAUGGCUGCCAAUUCUGGAGGAGGAACGUCGCAGGUCCAAUAUUCAACACACCAUAGAAAAGGGUUGAAUAUGGACCAGAAAUACUCAGAAUUGAUGGAGAGGGUGCGGAACCGCACGUCACAGCUCAAGUCGUGGUCUGAUACAUCAAAGAACAUCAAAAUGUCUUUAACAGAUAAACGUCAUCAGUCAGAUUUGCAAGACAGGCUACACUUACAGAGAUGUCUAGGUAGAUUACAGAAAGCUGUCAGAACCUGUGGUCUGCAGUCAGUAAUGGAAAAACUGGAGUGUCUUGCCAAGCAAACAGGACUGAAGUUCAACCAGAAUAACCUGGAUUGUUUCUUCAGUCAGGAGGGAUUCUAUGUGCAAGUGUCAGUCAGUCAGAAUGGAGAGGUUCGGGAAGUCACUAUUGCUCAUGGACAGUCCAGUCCAGUGGGUAUGAGUUGUCCAGAGUUACAAAAGAUUCUAAAUGAUCACGACUAUGAGGAGUUCUCUAGCCACCUACAUGGUAUAGCUGAGAUGCAUCAAGUAGGAACAGACAAGAAGUCUAAAGGUGGCAACUUAAAGUCUUAUAUUUCUCUGCAGUCAUUGGAAAUUGACCUGAAGAAUCUAGCUCAGCUACAGAGUGGUAUAAGUAAUGUAACCAACUACAUUCACAAGACUCCCCUUGGCAUCCUCACCCCCAGGGUAGGGGGUAGAGCCUUGAAGUUGACAUAUUUUGUUACCCCCUACCAUCUCCUGGAUCCUAAAACUAAGUCAAUCUACAAUAUGUCAAUAGAAGAAAUAACUGAGCACAAGUUGGGUCGCUAUGUUACUGUACAUAUCGAGGCUUCCACACCUCAUAAGCUUCAAACCAUUCCUCUAUGUUCAAUAACAAAGAACACAGAUGGAAAAAGUUUGCCGUCAUUUGCCCAAAUCAACCAAGUGAACAGUAUCAGUAUGCCUUCUGUGUUUGUAUUGAAACUAGACAAGCCAAUACCAGUUGCUCUUCAACUCAUAAGAAAGAUUCAGCAAAGCACAGGCAUAGAUAUUGGUAUGUCCCAAGGUAAAAGUGGAUCCCUUGUCUCUCUCAUUUGGGAAGAGGCUACCAACAAGCCAUGGAAGGACCAAGCUGAAGAAGGAACAUUUGUGAAAUUGCCUGAUCAGCUCCACAGCUACUAUCUCAACACAGGAUCUCAAGGCUCUGAUGAAUUGACAGGGAUAUGUAUCUCAAAGAUUCCUUUUGUACACCCCACAAAUGUGCCUCAGAUUCUGCUUCAUCUGCGUCAGCAGUUGUUGUUUAAUACACUCAUUGGCAGCUGUAUCAGAUGUGGGGUUAAAGGAGACAGCAGAAAUGCUAUAGUUUUUGAAGUCAACCCGAUUUCUCUACAGCACAUAAGCGUAAUGUUUGAGCAUCCUUUACAGGACUCUAUGGCAUCUGUUGAGUUUGACUUGAGUGAGCUGGCUGCUAUUAAAGGGAAGCUCUACACUUUGGAUGAGGCAUCUGAGAUCUGCCCAGAGGACUUCCCAUCGAAGCUCGUACAAAGGAGUUUGUCUAUUCCAAUCACAUUGCGUGCAAUCAUGCUGAAAGCCACUGAACAACUGACUGUGCCAUCGGUGGGAUUAACAAUUACAGCGAAGAAGCUGAUAAGUAAACACGAAUCAAUGGACAUAGACCACUCUCUAAUAUCGCCAAAUCCUUAUCAGAAUACAGCUCAUCGUCCCACUGGUUAUUCUGGACGUACUGUUUCAUUGGUUGACCACCAUCUGCCUGGCGGAGAGCUACCAGUACAGCAUCCACAUCCUGUAGACCCGCAUUCUGUUGAUAAAGUAUCACGUAACCCAAUGUUGGCCAGUUUGUUGGAUACAGCUGCAGACAGUCCGGAGAAUACUGGGAAUCCUCCUGGAGGACAUCAGUCCAUGUUGUCUGUGUUGCUAGGUGAUCAACCAGGGUCACUACCGAACCCUAUGGCAGCGCCACCUAUGAAACCAAGAAAACCGAGACGUCCUCGGAGUCGUAGCAGCACAGAGAAAUCUCCUUUGAGUAGCCCCGUUGCAAAACGACCACGAAAGAUGAGCCAAGAAGAAUUCAACAAGGAGCUAAUGCAGAUGGAUGUGGAGCCCAGCAGUAGUACGUAUGAAAUGGGGCUCCCCUUACAAGCUGGUGGAGGUGAUUCAGACACCAGCAUAUCACAUGUAUCAAAGCUAGCCUCCUCAUUGGAUAAUAUAAUCAAACAGGAGACUAAACCAGGCCUGACGACCCCUUCACCACAACAUAGUAUGGACAUGGCUAGCUUGCUCACAGAUAAUGACAUCAAGAAGGAACGAAGUAGCCCAGGAGAUAGUCCACAUAACAUGGCCAACAAACAACGACCUAGCAAUUCUAGCCUGGAUGACAUCAUAGGUAACAUUGGUGAAAUGCAUGCUGAUUCGGAUAUAUUUACUGGCAAAGAUGGCCACUUUACACCUACAGAUUUCAUGAGUUCAUCUCAAAGAAGUGAUCGCAGCACUCCAAACACCAGUGCCGACAAUGCAUUCAAAAAUGAGUCAAAUGACCCAUUGGAUUUUAACACAGAACUGCUCAAUCCUGACCCUACUUUUGGUGAUACCUUAAACCCUCCUAAUGAGGAGAGCAUGGAUAUGGCAGCCUGUGACGCCAGUGCAUUUGGCACCAGUAAUGCCGUAGCAAUGCUGGCAUCGAAACUCGUUGAGAAAAAACCCGACGUAAACAAAGCUAAGACCACAAUGCCCUCUAGUGGUAGUAGCAGUGGCAGCCAUCAAAAACACGAAAUCAAAAAAGAGAAAAAAUAUAAAUCUAAACAUGGUGAGGAGAAAAGACUGUAUAAACAUAAAUCUGUAUCUUCUAUGAAAACUAGCAGUGGUAGGACAGAUUCUCCUCAACAUGUUCUGGAUUUAAGUCAUAAAGGGUCAGGUGACAAAAAUGCCCAAAGAUCUCUUAGUGUCAAUGAUAAAGAAUCUGUGUAUAAUUUUGAGUCUGAAUCUAGUUCACAAUUCAGGCCUAGUAAAUCGGAUAAAAGUGAGAAAAAGAGGAAAAGCUCCAAAUAUGAUGAAAGUGGUGAUAAAAAACGUAAACGUGAUGAGUAUCGAAAAGAAAAGGACAAAAAAAGGAAAUAUGAUGAAUCUAAAUCUUCAUCAUCUUCAUCUGAAAAGCACGGAUAUAAAACAAAAAUUAAAAUUGUGACACAUGGGCCCGAUCAGUUUAAAAUUGCUACCACACCUACCACCCCCACACCACCAGAUAUUAAAUCCCCGGUCUUGUCUAGCCAGUCUAAACCCUCAGAUAGUAAAUCUCAUAGUUCUUCCUCAUCUCUAAAAUCAGGGAGUGUUAAAUCUAGCUCUCCUAGUUUAAAGUCGUCAUCAACAUCAUCAUCGCCUUCCAUAAAUAAGCCUCAAAGUUCAAAAACAUCUUCUAUGAAAUCUUCCUCUGGUGUAAAAUUACCAUACAGUAAUGUAAAAGGUUCCUCAUCUCCAAGCUUAAAGUCUUCAUCAAGCCCCAAUGUUAAACCAUCCUCAAGUUCAUCAUCAUCCGGUGCCAGGUCCAGUUCAUCUUCGAGUUUAAAGUCUUCUUCCUCAAGUUCAAAAAGUUCAGUGUCUCCUUUAGUGAAAGUGCCAUCAUCUAGCUCUACUUCAAAGUCUUCUUCAUCAAUAUCUGGGAGUGCCAUUCCCAAACACCCUCCAUCCACAAAAUAUUCUCAUCUCUCACAGGGUCUGAAGAAACCUAGUUCCUCCAUUGCAAAGUCAUCUUCACCAAGUUUAAAAACUUCAGGAUCUUUAUCUAAGCCAAUCAGUAGUAGUAAACCAUCUAGCCAUAGCUCUAGUUCAUCUGGGAGUAGUGUUAAAUCAAGCAGGCCACCAGGCCAUGGCAGUUCAAGUAACCCUGGAAUAGCUAAACCCAGGCCUAGCAGUACCAGUAGCGCCCCUAAGCAACCAGGAGUCCAGACCUCACCUGCCUCAUCAGGAACUGGGUCAGAAAGUAGCUCUAAAUCAUCAGCCAGGCCAUCAAAUAGGCCAAUCACUGUGAGAAAAGAGGAUUCUAAAAUGAUGACAAAAACUCCAACUUUGAAACUAAAACCAAUCACUGUACCUCCAAAAACUGGUGCCCAGAGCUUGUAUAAUGUCCAACCAUCCAAAGGCCCCACUACACCAGUGUCUGCCCCUCCAGUUCCGCAUAGAACCCCACCAUCUGCUACCCCACCAACUCCAACUACUCCUACACCCAACUCUGGUGUGUCAGGCUUAGGUAAGGCCACCAAAUCUAGAAAGGGCUCCCUCUCUGCUGUCAUAGACAGAUUAGCAACCAAACAACAAUCAAAAUCUCAUGAGCCCCAACAGCAAAUUACAGAAUUCAAAGUUCUUGAGAGAAAACCGGAGAUUGUUUCCUUUGAGAGCAAACCUACCAGUAAUACUCCCAGUAAAGAAAAGAGAUCUAGUGAAUCUAUAGCUAAAGAGAAAUCAGUGAUGAAAUUAGAUCUGUCAAAAACCAAACAGUCAAAGCCAAGUACAGGUGUUAGUACACCCACUAAAGACUCAUCCAAAUCUGCUACCUCUAAUACCAAAGUAACUACCCCAAAUUCAAAAGUUUCUACCCCUAAUUCUAAAGUAUCCACCCCUAAUUCAAAGGUUCCAAGUUCUAUUUCAAAAAGUUCAACACCAAACACCAAAGUCUCGACCCCAACUCGACCUGAAAAGAGUAUCCUGAAAACUCCUGAUGUUAAAAAGCCUGAAAAUAUUAUUCCUACAUUGCCUCGAAAAACUGAAAGUGCUAAUAAUGCUACAAUGCCCAGAAAACCUGAAAAUGUUAACACUCCUGCAAUGCCAAGAAAAUCUGAGAGUGUAAAUGUUCCCAUGAUGCCUGCGAAGAGCUUAGUCUUGAAUGAAGAAACUGGUCAAAUGGAACCCAUAAAAGAUACCCCCAAAGUCCCAAUUGAUCCAUCUAAACAAGUGAUAGGCACAGAUAGUGAUGAUAAAUCAAAGCUUGAUGCCAGGAUUUCAGGUGAGAGAAAGGGUUUGUUUCAGACCCUUCAAGAAAUGGAGAAGAGAAAAUCGCAAUCACCUCUUCAUACCCAAGGGAAAGCAAAUCCAGACACAAAUAGUAAACCAACAGAAAAUCUCAGACCAAAAUCUGAAGCAACUCCAAAACUCUCAGUUAAUGUUAAUAACAAGGGACCUGUUGAGAUUGAUUUGAUUAGUCCUGAUGAUUCAAAUGGUAAUGAUAUUCCAGCACUUGUACCACAGUUCAGUGAUUCUUUCCCACCAUCUGGUAAUGUUAACCCUAAAGAUGAACGACCACCACUUUCUCCAAUUGAACAGAGGAUUGAGCCAAUUAGUCCUCCUAUAAUUGAACCAAAACAAAGGAGACUUGUCCCUCUGAGUCCCAACAGUGAAGGCAGUCCAGGCCUUGUUAUUGAUUUUCCUAAUACGCCUAAAUCAAAUACGAUAUCACCCUUGGUGAAACGUACUGUUACACCUCAACCAAAAACAAUCUCCCCGACGCCAAAUAACACAGAACAGGUGCAAUCUGAAGGAGUGUCGGGAGCCCCUGCAAGGACAGCCUCACCCAGUGUGUCGAAUACAAUAGUUGGGGUGGGUGUUAGUGUAUCUCCCGCUAGGGCUAAAGACCUUGUUAAGACUCAUACCCCAUCUCCCCAUUCCUCACCCCUCAUGCUUGAUGAUGAACUUAUGGAUGCAGCGAUUACUGGUGGAUUUGGUAGCAAUUCAUGAAACAUCUGGCAUCUCUCAAUUGGGCUCAAUCAAUUUAAUCAUUCUCAAUGUGUUGAAUAUUUUAUAUAAGUCAAUGUUAGAAACAAAUCAUGUAAAACAGAGUUGCUCUUUGCAUUCUGAUAACAAAUUGUAGUAACUCAAGAAUGGUCCAGGAGAUAUGUCAAACUUUUCAAAAGAACAACGCUUCAUUUGAAGUAUCUAAUUCACUUUUAUACUCAUCUGCCUACCUCUCUAAGUUAAUUCUGGUUACAGGCUCCAGUACUAAAUGUAUAACGAACCUCUGGUCAUCACCUAUGCUAUUUGUGUAAUUACAUUACUGUACAUACUGUCAUACUUUCAUAGAAAUCACACUUUUUUACCAAAAUAUCAAUAAGAAUGGAUGUGAGAAUAGUGAGUUAAAAUGUGUAUACCUAUCCCUAUCCAUAUUUUUUUUAUUAGGAAUAUGUAUUGGUAAUGCGUCUUGUAUUUAAUGAGUUUAAGAAGUAAAAUGCUAUGUAAGGGUAUGCAAAUGACAUCUUAAUUAUAAAACAAAAACCAUGGUGGCUAGUAUUGCAUUUACAUAACUGUUAUUUUCAGGGCAAUAAAUGAUACCAUGGCAACAAAUUGUAUAAUUGUGUAAUGAUUUAGCUUCUGCAAUGGGGAUGUUGCUAAUGGGGAAGUGACAAUGAGGGGAAAUUAUAAAUUUCUAGCAUAAACAACAAUGAUAGUGACAAGAUAAAACAAUCUAAACCACUAGAGAAUAACUAAGUAAAAUCACACAUUUACAAUAAGCAAAAUUGAUAAAAAAUGUGUAAAUUCAACAAUUUCAUGCAUCAUCAUGUGGCAUUGUUUAUCACAGACAAUUGUGUUCGACCACUUAAUUUCUUAUACGAUCGAAUAAAAAUUGUUUAAAGUUAACAUGAAGUUUUAUCUGCAUAGGUAUCCAUAAAUGAGCUAUUUACGCUAAUCUUAAACUCCCCAAUGUCUAGAAAUAUGGUGGGAUAUAACAUAGCAUCCAAUGAAUGAUGAUUCAAAAUUCUAU